GGAACUUCCUAUCAUAACCGGGAGCGCGCUUUAUGACGUAAGUCGCUUGCCGCGCAGUGAUGAUGGCGGUGCGUGAACGCGCAGUGAAAGCAAUGGCUGCUCUGGAACGGCGGGUGCCUAGCCUCGGUGAUUUCGAGGGCCAAAGCUGGAGCACCUGGGCCGAGAGGGCCGGUGUGACCGCGUCGGAUGGGGCUGAUGUAGAAGAGAGCGGCAAGAAUGGCAAAAAGGCAGCUGAGGCCAUGUCGCUCAGCAAGGAGGACAUGUGUAUCUUCGGCCACUACCCGGGCCAGGACGACUUCUACCUGGUGGUGUGCAGCCACUGCGGCCAGGUGGUGAAGCCCCAGGCCUUCGAGAAGCACUGCGAGCGGCGCCACGGACCGCUGGCCAAGGUGUACGCCCGCCUGCGGGCCCCUGCCCCGGCCCCCGCCCCGCAGCCACAGCAGAGGGCCCGCCACGGCCACGGCCACUCCCCGUCGCACGCCCCGAGCGCCCCGCCGGCCCCAGCUUGGGAGGGCCGCGGGGCCCCGGGGCAGGGGCCCCCGCCGCCACUGUCACGGGCGGCCCCGCCCUCCCCCUCCACCCCGCCCCAGUACAGACACGCCAAGAGCUCCAAGGAGGGAGGACGACCCCCCCCCCUGGAGAAGCUGUCUCCCAGCAGCGGCGGUGGAAGCGGACGUGUGGAGGCGCCCGCGUUCAAGCCACCUCCGGUCCUGGACCCCCCGCUGAGCUCGCCGCCCCUGUCCCUCCGAGACCCCCCCUGGCCACAUGGGGGCGCCACCCCUCCGCCUGGCCGGCAGUCCCCAGGGGAGCGAGGGCCCCCCUCCACCCAGAAGAAGGACCCCGUGAUGGGGGCCGGGGUGGGGCUUGGGGGCCCCUCCCACCGGGUCCCCAGACCGUACAACAAGGUGGCCUCCAAUCGGUGUCUGCAUCGAACCAAAACAGGGAGGGAAUGUGACCUGGACAAACACUGUGGAGUCCUGGACCCGGACAGAAAGAAGGUCUGCACGCGCCUCCUCACCUGCAACAUCCACUCCAUCCACCAGCGGAGGAAGGUGCCCGGGCGAAGUAAAAACUUUGACCAGCUGGUGGCGGAGCUGAAGACCAAGGUCCGGGAGAAGGGCCCCCAGUCGCUGGACGGCAGCCUGUCUUCGGGGCUCCCCUCCAGCCCUGAGGCCCCCAGAGAACCCACGGGGGCCCCUCACUGCAGGAGACCCCUGGCCACCCUCCCUGCCUUCAGUCGGUCCCGGGCCUCGUCGGAGAGCGCCCUCGACGAGGAGAUGUCGCGGCAGGACGACGGCAGCCUGGGGGCCCCCUCUCCGCUGGUCCAGGGGCCCCUCUCCAGUGACGACAGCGAAGAGGAUGGGGCGGAGGAGCCGGCUCCGUACCCCUCCUCCACUUCCCAUCCCCGGCCCCUGGCGGUGUGCUCGUUUGGCAGCCACGCGCUGGGCCACGGCGUGUACACCUUCGACCGCCGCCUGCACCACCUGAGGUCAGCCCUCAGCUCCAUGCUGGAGCAGCACAUCAGCGCCCACCUGUGGAAGAAAAUACCUCAAGCCCAGGAGCCCCCGUCUCCCCAGCCCGCAGCACGAACCACCACCUCCUCUCCCUCCUCCACCUCCUCCUCCUCCUCGUCCUCCUCCUCGUCCUCCUCCUCCUCCUCAGUACAUUCCAAGGUCCGCACAGGAAGUCACACCAGCUCCUCGGCCAAAAGCUCUUCGUCCUCGUCCUCUUCCUCGUCGUCCGGCCGCGGGCUGGGGAGGCCCUCAGGCCCAUCGGAGAACUCCAGCAGUGGGGGCAGCGGCGGGGGGGGGCCCUGCUCGGCGGCGCGGGGCCCUUUGGGGCCGGGCCGACCCAAGAACCCGGUGGGGCGGCCAAGCAAGCAGAUGCUGAGGCAGCGGGACGCGGCGGUGGCGGCGGCCGCUCUACGGAAGCGCAAGGCGCCCUCGCAGGAGGGCGAGCACUCGGGCCCAGACAGGAACUGCGUCACACCUCAGGACCGAGGCCGCCCCCCUCCCUCGCCCUUCUCCCCCUCCCCUUCCUCGUCAAAGGCCAACCCCUCGCCCGUCGUUUCCCACGGACAGACCAACGGCAGUCUCUUGCCCGGGGGCAAGCCCCGCCCCCAGCCCUUCCCCUCAGAAACCCAUUCGCCGGCAACAGCCUUGUCAUACAAGCGGCUCCACCCCCCCGCCGCGGGCCACCCCUCGCCAGCCGAGGCCACAGCCACGCACGCCGCCACUAACUGUCGCGGCCCCGGGCCUGGGGGGGACCCGGGGCCAGGGGGGCGGCCCGGGGGGCGGGACUUUGAACACCGGGCGCUGGUGAAGAAACGCAAGGCAGGAAACAAUAACAAUGGCGAACGCUUGCCGUCCACCAAGCCGCCAGCGCCCCGCCCUCCCCCCUCCUCGGCCUCCUCCUCGUCCCCGCGCUCCAACUUCUACCCCUGGAAGGAGAGCAAAGGGGGGCCGCUGGAGAAGAAGCUGGGCCCCCAGAAGCCAAAACUGCACCAUUAAUGAGUGCCUGCCUUAAAGCCACUAUGAGGAGCCAGCUCUGCACAGUCGUGUGUGUGUGUGUGUGUGUGUGUGUGUGUGUGUGUGUGUGUGUGUGUGUGUGUGUGUGUGUGUGUGUGUGUGUGUGUGUGUGUGUGUGUGUGUGUGUGUGUGUGUGUGUGUGUGUGUGUGUGUGUAUGUGAAUCUUGUGGUUCUUAGUGUCUGAAUCAGACGUGUGCGUGUUUUCUGUUGUAUGGAUGAAUAUCGUGGGGGGUGAGUUUCUGUGAAUUGAAUUUUUAGAAAUACCUCAAGACCAUCUGGUUAUGCUGCUAAAUUAAAACAUGGACUAAAAUGUCCUUUACACUCUGA